AUGGUUUUAUGGUGAUGGUAACAAUGGGAGACAUAUAAAAUAAAUGAUGCCAGAUUCUUUUUAUAGCUAACAAUACUAUACCGACAAUAUCUUCUAGCUUCCAUGCCUUCCUAUUUCAAAGUUAUCAACUUUUGCAGGCUAUUCACUGUAGUAGUGAUAUUUUUUCUUCAAAUACAUUGAUCAAUAUUACAGUAACGGAUUGAUUUCUCAUGGAGAUGGAGCUACAAUUUUGAAAGUAUGUGUAAAUUUCAAUUAUUUUCCCUCCCAUUUUUUCCUAUAAAUAGCACCUUAAUUCUAACCAUUUCACCACACCAUCUCUCAUCUCCUAUCUUCUAAUACUUUCAAUCCUCCUAUUCUCAAUUUUUCUUGCUCUCCCGUUUCUCUUGUCUCUUGCAAUAGUGGAAGUUAAUUUUUAAUUUUUCUAGUUCUACAAAUUAAAAUUCCAAAAAAAGAGUACAAAAAAUCCUACAAAAACCAAAAAAAUGGACCAAUUUGAGAUUAACACCCAAAAUGUUAAUGAGUAUGGACAACACUCGGAUGAAGUUCAAGUUUCCCCACCGUUACGAACAUCCCACCAAUCAUCUAGUUCCACCAUGCCACCACCUCCACCACGCCGACCAUCUCAAAACGAAGUUCGGCCGUCUAGCGGAGAAGAUGGAGAAGGAAGUCUACAAACUGAAACUAAAGGUAGAGGUGAAACUUCAUGGGUAUGGCCAUAUUAUGAACGAAUACUAGUUGCCGGGCAACCUGAUGGGCAAAAUUUAAACAAGUCAUAUCAUGCUUGUUGCCUAGUGUGUAAGAAUAUGGGUAAACAACCAGUUCCUAAGUUCAAAUGGAAACAAGGUGGUGGAACCGGUACUUUGGGACAUCAUUUGAAAGAAAAGCAUGGUAUGACAGCCGAUAAUGUUCAUGUUGGUGGUGCAAGUGACAGUGUCCAAGGACAAUUGCAUGGGUAUUUCGGUAAGGAACCCGGUGGAGGUAAGCCUUUCUUUUAUAAUAGAGAUGCUAUGAUUGAUGGUUUUAGCAAAUAUGUUAUCCUUGAUGAAUUGCCUUUUAAUCAUGGUGAGUCGUCAAACUUUGAGGAGUGGAAUAGAACAUUUAUGCAACCCCAGUAUAGACAUAUUCCACGAAACACCCUUAAACGUCAUACCCAACAACUUUACUAUAAGUACAGAGGGCAUUUGAUUGAAAUGUUUCGUACAAUUGAGUGUCGGGUUAGCUUGACUUGUGAUACGUGGACUUCUUUUGUCAUGAGCCAUUUAUUUGUGUCACCGCUCAUUGGGUUGAUGAUGAUUGGUAUUUGCAAAAACGGAUAAUUUGUUUUGAAGCUAUGGAUGAGUCCCAUAGUGGUUUCAAUUUGAAAACUCGUAUUAUGACUUCUUUGAAAACUUUUAAUUUGAACCGCAAAGUUUUUUCUUUGUCUCUUGAUAAUGCUUGUAAUAGCCCUGUUUUUAAGAACAUUUAUUUAAUGCUAAUCAUAUUCAUUAAGUUAAUUAUAAUUAGAAAAUUCUUAUUUUAUUUGAGUUAUGGAGUAUGAAUUUUAUUUGUCGUUCUUGCAAUAUAUUGUUAUAUUAAUUUUAUGAAGUUAUUAGUAGUAGUAAUUUAUAUAUUGGAUUUUAUGUGCAAUUAGUUGAGUUGUAUUUUUCCCAAAAUAAAAACCCAAAAUAUCACGCUUUCUUUUGGUCGGUCAAAUUAGAUCCUAAACCGUUUAUUUUUUUUUCUCCUGUCGGUUAAUGUGAACCCAAAUGCAAAGAAACCCAAAACCCCCAAAACCUUUUCUUUCUCUCUCUUCCCGUGUGAAAACCCGAAACCCCAAUUAAACCCAAACCCCUUUCUUCCUCUCGGUGCUUCGCUCUUCUCUCAAGCUCUCACUCCUCAAUCCCCGUGAACUCCUUGGUGGUUCUGCAUUCUCAUCGGAGUCGAAGCUUGCCGGAGUUCCUUUUCUGUUCGCCGGAGUUGUUUUCAUGUGCUCCAUCUCUCGGCUAUGUGUGGGGGUGCUCGUUUUCUCUCUCUCUCGUCGCUCUCUUGUGGUUCUCGGCCGAUGUUGCCGCGGUCGCUGUUGUUGUUGUUUUUAGCGGUGCUGCCGCUCAGUCUUCAAGUCGAUUCGUGGUGGUUGUGCCGCCGCUACUGGGUUGUUGCUGCUGUGCCAUGUAUUUUCUCUCUCCUUUCAUUGUUGUUGCUACCGUCGGUGUGUUAUCUCCCUCCCCUGUCAAUUUGUUGGUGCUGCCACCUACAGUGGUGGCGGUGUGUCGGUGGUUGGCGAAGUACCAAAGGUACUGAACCUCUUGUAUUUCUGUUUUUAUUAUUGUUGUAAUUAUUUUUGUAGUUUGGUUGAUGUCGUUGCUUUACUUUUAGGUUGUUGUUGCUAUUGUUUGUUCGUUCUUGAUAUUGUUGUUGUCGUCGAUGCGUUGUUGUAUUGUUGUUUUUCUGAUCUUUCUCUUCUGGACUUCUGUUGGUGUCGCUGCUACUUUUUCUUUCCUUCGCACGAUGAUGUUGCUGCCACCUUUGGUGGUGGCCAUAUGUUGGUGACUCUGCCGCCAUAGUGUUGCUGCUGCUGUUGUUAUGGUCGUUGGUGUGAAUGAUGUGGUUGUAGGUGUGGUUGUGCUAGUUGUUGGUGUGCGUUGUUGGUUGUUGUAUCGUGUGAUGGUGGUUCAUUGUUAAUGGGUUAUUGAAGUGUUGUAUUUGUUAUUCUCAAAAGGAGGGUUGUUAGUUUGCUGUUAUUGUUGUAAUUGGAGUUGUUAUAUUUGAAGAUAAGUGUAGAGGCCAUUAAAUUAGUUAGUUUUUAUUUGUGGGAUUUAUUAGUUUGAUUAGCAUAAUGGUGGUAUUAAGAGAAGUUAAUUAGAUUAGUUAAGAUUGGUUAUUGAUUACUGUUAUUGUUAUGAGGUAAAUUGUUGGAGAAGAAUUAUGGAAUUGAAUCUUAUUUGGAGAUGAAGAUUAAUAAAGGAGGUUAUGUUGGUGGAAUCUGAAUCACAGUUCAGGUAACUUUUAUGUUCAGUAAAAUUAUUUACUCAUGCCCAUGUGUGUGUGAUCUCUGUGUUCUGUUUUCGUAAAUAACUUCGUACUAUGGCCAUAGAUAUGAAUGUGAUUAUGAAAUGUCAUUGAUUGAAUAUGAAUACGCAACUGUUUUGCUGGCUUAGUUUAUGAACUGAAAAUAGAAAGUGGGCAAGGUAUGGGUGGAGGAUGGUUACUUUCUGACCUGAUACGGUCGGCUACGCUCCAUAACGAACCUUGGGGGUAGUAUUGCUGGGCUCCAUAACGAACCUUGGAGGCAGCGUUUGUUCUUUGUCUAAAGCCCGUACCUGCUACUGAUUGUUUAUGAGAAUGAGCUAUGCCAGCGUUGUAAUGAAAAGGAAAUGAUUUAAGAAAUAAAAUGUAUUUAACGGGCUGAAGUAAAGGUUACGAGUUUUCCACUCAUUUUGGAAUUGUGUUUGUUUUGUAUUUCUUCUCUGAAUUUGCAGGUUUGAUAUUCAGAGCUCGGAAUUCGAAGUGGAGCAAGAUCAAGGUGUCAUAGUGGCUUAAGGAUUAAGCUUGUAUUUUAGAUAGUUGGUUUGAGAAUAGUUAUUGAUAUUUCGUUGUAUAAUAUUUGGGAAUUUUAGUUCAAUUAUUGGUGUAUUUAAGGA